UGCUCAGAUGUGGCUUCCACUGAAAAUGUUUGGUGUUGGGGUUUUCCGUGAGGCGCUGAAAGAGAAACUUCUACUGGCACGGUACUUCCACGGGAAACUGAAAGAAACUGGCCAGUUCGAGCUACCACUGGAGCCGGAACUGUCCGUUGUCCUGUUCCGUGCUACAGCGCCGCCUGGCGUCAACAUCAACAACUUCAACCAACAGCUCUUGGACGGCCUGAAUUCUGACGGGAAAAUCUUCAUGACGCCCGCCGUACUUUCCGAUCAGUUUUACCUGCGUGUCUGUGUCCUGUGCUUCAAGGCCCACAUUGAUCAUAUCGAUCUUUGCUUCUCUUUGAUCCAAGACAAACGUCUGUAUCUUUGGGAGUCACUUCGUAGUGAUGCCUAAUAGUAACUAUCACUGAAUGGUAUGGCGUUUCAAAAUAGGCAGGGAUGGCAAAACUUUUACAUUUCCGUUCAUUGUAGAUGUAUAGUGUCUAGCAAUGAGUCCUUUUAUUUAUGACCUUAUUUUAUAUCUUAUUCAACAAUAAAUGGAUAAUACGGAAAAUACGUUACCAACUGGAAAAUUUAAAAUAUCUUAAGUUUGCAGCAACAAAAUGAUUUUAAGAUUUAGGAGACAAU